CUUCACUGCUUUCCCCUCCUCUCCACUCCAUCACCAGCCAAGCCUUGACGGCAACACCAGCAGAAUCUAGCAGCUAGCAACACGCCAUUCCACAACAACUGGCUUGGCUGCUGCUGUCAGUCAUCCGGUUCGCCCGUCGACGUGCGUUCCUCGCGGCGUCUGCACGGACACUUGUCGUUUUUUUACGGAGGGGGAAACCAGCUGUUCGUUCAAAUCCAGUCGGCUGCUGAUCGCUUCCUCACUUCUAAUCGCGGAAACGGCCUUCUUGCGAGCAGUGCUCGCAGGCCGCACGGAAAAUGGAGACGUCGUCCGUGCGAUCGCCGUCCAUGUCGCUUAAGCUCGUCGCAUGGGCGCUGCUUUUCGCAACGCUCGUCUCGUCAGGAGGCUCGCAGACCUCCAGCACCGGCACGACCGACCCUUGCCCCAACUCCAACGAGUGUCCGAGCAAGAAGGGUUGCUUCGCCAAGGGCGACUACUGCGACGGCGUGAAGAACUGCGCCGACGGCAGCGACGAGUGGCCGUGGAUCUGCAACUUCGACAUGGACUGCGGCAAGCUCAACGCCUCGCACGUGCUCUGCCCAGACGCCCCCAGCGUUUGCAUCCUGCCCAACCAAUUCUGCAACGGCAAAACCGAGUGCCCGGAGUCCCUGGACGAAGACCCCCGGUUCUGCGCGAAUUUCACCUGCCCGAGGAACAACAUUCGCUGCCCGGGGCUCAACAUGUGCAAGCCCAACGGUACGCUGUGCAACGCGGUGGCGGACUGCCCUGCGAAGACAGCUGGCGGCGUGGCAGUGGACGAGGACCCGGCCUUCUGCCGGCCGUACGUUUGCCCCAAGGGCUUCUCCAAGUGCAGCAACAAGCUGCAGUGCGUCGACGAUGCGCUCUGGUGUAAUGGCGUUGCAGAUUGUAAAGAUGGCAGUGACGAGGUGGGCUGCGAUAAGAGGAACUGCACUAAGGGGUUCCGAAAGUGCAGGGAUCAGCUACAGUGCGCCUUGAAGGUCAACUGGUGCAACAAAGUGGCUGAUUGCAAAGAUGGAAGUGACGAGGACAGAUGUGACACUCCCCCAGCGCCCCCCAAGGCCCCUUCCACAGCUCCUCCCAAGGCCCCACCCACAGCUCCCCCCAAAGCCCCACCCAAGACCCCCCCCAAGGCCCCACCUAAGACUACACCUAAGGCCCCACCUAAGAGCUCUCCGAGGAGGCCACCCCCGCCCAGAUCGUCAAAGAGGCCUCCAGUUAAAGCACCCCCCAAGUCCGCCCCCAAAUCUCCCCCGAAGCCACCUGCCAAAGGAAAUGGCAUGCAAAUCAGGAUUACAUGGUAGAAGGUGGAUGGUUUUUGUUGAAAGCAAUGUUAAUAGUAUGGCUUUUCUCAUACUAGGUGAUUGUUUUGGUUUUUAUUAUUUUUAUAGCGAAUGAAAUUCCUGAAGUCUC